AUUUACGUUUGUAAGACAUGAGCGUGGUGUGGCAGCUUGAGUAGGUUUACGGUCGAGAGUUGAACAGAGGAAAACGAGCUGUUCUUUUGACCGAGACUAGUCGUCUUCACGUUUGUGUGGAGUUUUGUCUAGUCCGCAGUGAGUUCCUCGAGGUGACGCAAUCCGUGCAGAGGAUGUCCAUAACGGCCUAUGCAUUAUGGCAACUCUUUCACAGACAAAGGAAAUCUUCCGGAGAGCAGAGGCUGUCUGUUUUGACGUGGACAGCACAGUCAUCAAAGAAGAAGGCAUAGAUGAACUUGCCAAAUUUUGUGGUGUGGGGGAUGCAGUCACUGAAAUGACUCGAAAAGCUAUGGGGGGCUCAAUGACAUUUAAAACAGCCCUGACUGAACGUCUCUCCAUCAUCCGAUGUUCCAGAGAACAAGUGAACAAACUGAUAACUGAUCACCCACCUCAGCUGACUCCAGGUAUCAGGGAGCUUGUGGACCGUCUGCACCAGCGAAACAUAAAGGUGUUCCUCAUCUCAGGCGGUUUCCGCUGCAUCGUUGAACACGUGGCCACUCAGUUAAACAUUCCCCUUAAUCAUGUUUACGCCAACCGGCUCAAGUUCUACUUCAAUGGAGAGUAUGCUGGUUUUGAUGAGAGCCAGCCCACAGCGGAGAGCGGCGGGAAAGGAAAAGUCAUCAGUAUGUUAAAGGAACAACACGGAUUCAAGAACGUGGUGAUGAUUGGAGAUGGAGCGACUGAUCUAGAGGCAUGCCCUCCUGCUAGUGCUUUCAUUGGAUUCGGUGGGAAUGUCAUCAGGCAGCAGGUUAAGGAGAAGUCUUUGUGGUAUGUGACAAGUUUUGGGGAGCUGCUAAAGGAGAUGGAAAAUAUUUAAAGAAGCUAAAAGAAUACCGUUACUAAUUUUUUUUAACAUUUUAUAUAUUGCUGUAGUUGUGCCUCUGAUGGUUUGAUUCCUUCACAUUUUCCUUCUACUCUCAAUAGAUUUUAAUAAAUGAAUGAAAAUGUUUACACUAGUGAGACCAAUCUACCUUCAUGUAGAUGUUGCUCUGUUUACUUUUUAUACUAGAAGAUACUAAAAGAAUAACACUGUUUAUGUGCAGGUUUAGAAGAAAAUAUUAGUUUUUGCACAUUUUUAAGUCAAAGCCUUUGUGUAAGCUAAUGCAACUCAUGCAUAUUAUGCAAUGAGCGAUAGAAAUGAUUUAUAUCUAUAUGUAACCAGACAUGUCAGUGAGUGUUAAGUCCUGUAAAGAACAUCCGCAUUAAACAGAAGAACAUGCUGUCAAAGAUGUUGU